CCACUUAAAUUCCAAGAUGGGAGCCAAGCGGAUAUUCGUCGACAGAUUGUGAAAGAAUGGAUGGUUCAAUGGUAGAUACAAAGAACAAACAAGGUUCUGGAUUUAGUCCAGUGCUGCUUGCGACUCUGAUCAUCGUUUGAAUCACUGUCUCGAAAGUUGAAUUGAAAAUGAGCAGUAGAAGACGCAGCAGCAAUCAAACAAUCAAAAGUUACCACAACAAUCCUCAUCAGCGGUCAGUGAUCGAGAAACUGAAAAAUGAACACGCACGAAACACAGUAAUACAAGUGACUGGUACACCAGCAACUUCAGACAAAGACACUAACGAAAGCGAGAUACUGCAUUACUAUGAUGAAUUCUACCAUACCACCAAAAGUUUGCUUGUUAUGUUUCAAGUCAUGGGGGUUAUGCCUAUUGAGAGAGAGAUCGGUAAAACUAAUUACAGUUGGACUUCUGCAACCAACAUGUGGGCUUACUUCGUAUUCGCCGCAGAAACCAUAUUCGUCAGCAUGGUCUUCAGAGAAAGAUUAAAUUUAGUUAUGAAGCCUGGAAAGAGAUUUGACGAGUACAUUUACGCUAUUAUAUUUCUCAGCAUUUUGAUUCCGCACUUUCUUUUGCCAAUCGGUGCUUGGACUACCGGAGGCGAGGUUGCAAGAUUCAAAAAUAUGUGGACUAAAUUUCAGUACAAAUACUACACAAUAACAGGCCACCCCGUCAAAUUUCGGAACCUCACCAUGAUCACCUACUCUUUAUGCGUAAUAUCCUGGGUGGUAGGAAUCAUCAUAAUGCUGGCCCAAUUCUACCUGCAAGAAGACAUGCUUCUUUGGCAUACAUUCGCAUACUUCCACAUCCUAGCCAUGUUGAAUUGCCUUUGCGCCCUAUGGUAUGUGAAUUGUACAGCUAAAGGCAGAGUAGCUGGAUGGUUGGCUGAAAACUUGCAUAACGCAUUGCAGUCUAGCGAUCCAUCUAACAGGUUGGCGGAGUACCGAGACUUGUGGGUGGAUUUAUCUCAUAUGAUGCAACAGUUGGGAAAAGCUUAUAGUGGCAUGUACGGCAUGUACUGCAUCCUGAUCCUUUUAACCACAAUUGUAGCAAGCUAUGGUUGCCUUACUGAAAUCCUGGAUCACGGUUUGUCCUUCAAGGAAGCCGGAUUGUUCUUAAUAGCCUUUUAUUGCAUGUCUUUGCUCUACAUCAUCUGCAAUGAAGCACAUUAUACCUCACACAAAAUGGGACCUGAGUUUAGAGAAAGGUUGCUUAAUGUCAACUUAGGUGCUGUCGACAGCCGAACUCGCCAAGAAGUGAAUAUGUUUCUAACAGCCAUUGACAAGAAUCCACCAAUAAUGAAUUUGAAUGGAUACGCUAACAUAAACAGAAAGCUUAUUUCUUCGACUAUAACUUCAGGAGCAACAUAUUUGGUGAUGUUGAUGCAAUUCAGGCUUUCGCUGAUGAGAAAAGCUGCAAUAGCUUCUAGAAGAGCAGCUGCUGCUAAUGCUACAAUGGCAUCCCAUGGACAUGUUCAUUAGUCGUAUAUUACAUAACUAGGUCGAGAAGUUGUUCCUUAUUGGUCGAUCACUUUCUCAAAUACUUUGAAAUAUACAGUUCACAAGAUUGACAAAACUAAAUAAUUAGAUUUGGAGAGUUUGGACUAAUUAAUCCAUUUAUCAUCUGCAAGAGCAGUAAUGUUCUAAUGUUGAUUGACGGUAUAGUUACUGCGAGAUUUAAAAGCGAUUUUCCAGUAUUAUCUCCAGUGUGUUGAAGAUUAGCUACUUUACGCUGUAUACCACUGAUUCAAAUAUUCCACUUGCCGAUAGCCAACCUAAUGCUAUAUUCCCACAUCCAAAAAGCUAUCGGAGACAAAACAAGAUAUCGUAGUGUCGUCUAUGAGGAUUAUCACAGCUGUUUCUCUAUUUAAUAUACUUUGAAAUUGUUAGUGUCUCGUAGAUGACGCUGUCUAUAUGAGUAUAUACUAGCAUAUAGGUGACUAUAACACAAUCUGUAAGACAAUCUCUUCUAGGCAUAUUUAGUAAAUAGUGAAACAGCUGUGACAAUUUCUCAUAGAUAAUGCUACGGCAUCUCAUUUUAACU